AUGGAUGGAAUAAAAAGCUAUUGUCUUUAUCCUUUAUACCUAAUUUACAACUCUAAAGAGAGAUUUUACAGAGUGAACCCUGAACAGUUGUCCAAAUCGUUCUUGCAAGACCUCGCUCGUGAGGGAUAUGGAUUAGAAGACGCCUUUGAGACCUGUGUUUUCCAGAAACGCCAUUUCGGCUCAAAGGAGUUGACGACGAUUAGUACUGAGGAGGAUAUUGCACUUCUCAAGGAGGAAUUUGCCUCGCUUCAUUUUGCUAAGAUCACAAUCUUCUCAAGACCCGCAGGGGCUCCCACUAAGACCACUCGCAAGGAGAACUCAAAGCAGCUGUCCCCAGUUGAUACCGAACCUGAAGCCGAUGUGGUAUCCAUUUCUGCUCAGCAAUUGGAUAAUUUGAUCAAAUCAAUCCAGAAGUUGGAAGUAUCGCUCAACAAAAAAAAUGAAGAGGUUAAACCUGAAGAAAAGUCAAAGUCUCGUCACCGCACAAUUCACUAUGAUGUGAUUUGCGACGGCUGCAACCCGGACUCUUUCAGUUACAAAUGCAAACAAACCGAAACUUCAUCUGAAGCUGGUUUCAUCAAAGGUCCCAGAUACAAGUGCCUGUAUUGUCACAAUUACGAUUUGUGUUCUGCUUGCGUUGAAAAGGGCGUAGAAACUGGAACCCAUCAAAAGUUCCACAACAUGAUAAAGAUCAAUAUUCCUGAUAACGACAUCAAUAAAUUCUGGUCUGAGUAUCGUACAUCAACAUCGCCCAAGGAGGCCCGCUUUGCCGUCCACAAAACUCCUAGAGACGUUGUUAUCGAUAUCCCAGAAUAUGAUGAAAAGGUGUUCAAGUUUUUCUCCAACAUCAAGAAUGAACCAGAACUCUCGCGUGUCGUCGAGUUUUACGAAAAGUACAGUUCUUUGUUGGAACAAGUGGGAGGCGACGAAUCCAAAUUGACCGAUGCGGUCCAAUUGGCCUCGUCCGUCAACUCUUCAACUGCCACCAUUGCUUCACCAAUCGAGGCUCUCGAGGGGGAGGAAGAUGACUUGAUUGAAGUGGACAUGAGUAAAAAGGAUCAGGUUAUCUCCUUUAAACUAUGCAAUCGAAGCACCAAGUCCAUUUCCAGCGGGCUGAAGUUGGUCUUCCAAUAUUUUGAGAAAGGAAACUCGAUUCCUAUCAAAUGUAACUUGCACAUGGGACCACAUGAGUUCCAAGCAGGUAACUACAAGAUUUUGAACUUCAACUAUCGUGGUGUGAUUGACAAUUUCUCACCUUUCAACAGAUGUCAAAUUGAUCUUGUUGACCAGAACGAUCAACUCAUAUUCACUGGCGCAUCCGAAGGAAGUUCUAACCUCAUACUAAAGCCUCCAAUGAUGGCAAGUUUUCAAAAAACCGUGUACUCUGAAGCUGACACAGCAAGGGAAAGCAAGUCGUCUGAAUCACUAGAAGAUGAAGACAUCAUCAGUACCACUGUGACGAAUGAUGACUUUAAGCAAUCAUCAAACUAUGAUUCAGAAAUUGACGACUAUGAUUUUUUGAGUGACAGUGAUAUCGACUUAUGA